UUGAGAACGAGGCAUAUGUUUAAAGAUGGACGUCUUAGUGAUGAGAAAAGUGGUGAAAGACAAAACUUUGCGCUUAUAUGAUCCAUAAGGGCUAUAAAAUAACAACGUUCAAUCAUCUCAAAAUCUGACUUAUUUUUAAUAUGAGGAUUUUUCUCUUUUCAAUACUUUUUUUGGAGCAACAAUGCAUACGAAGACAACAACAGAAAGUGAGGACAACCAAAAUGGAGAAACAAUUUUUAUGGAUAAGGACAUUCCAAGCAUUCAAAAAUCAUCAAUAGAACUAGGUCAAAUAAAGGAAGGCAGAACCGAAGUUAAGGGUCCUACUGGUAUUGUAGAGGUUGCCAAAAAGAAGAAUGUUGUAGAGAAGCUGAUAUAUGUCAUAUCAGUUGCAACAGUUUUCUUCUUGGCUCAUGCUGUAAUCACAAUCCAGUGGGUGCUGCCUUAUUACUAUGCUGUCAGUGCGCCUAUUUUAAUUUUGAUUAGAAUAAUCUUAUACUGGAAAUUGAAGUGGCAGCUGUUCAUGCUGGAUUUCUGCUACCUAGGAAACACAUUAUGCUAUGUGUACAUGUGGGCUGCUCCUGCUAAUGACAGUUUUUUCCUUCUUGUGUUUUCUAUUGCAAAUGGCCCAUUAGUAUUUGGAGCACUUAUGUUCAGAAAUGCAUUGGUUUUCCAUAGCUUAGAUAAAAUGACAUCAGUUUAUAUUCACCUCCUGCCAGCAUACUUAACAUUCGGUAUACGUUGGUUUCCGGGUUCCUGCUCGGUGUAUUGGUAUCAACCAUUUAUAUCUGUAUUCCAAGCACCCUCUUUUAUAUGGCUAUUGGUGGUACCAUUGGGAAUUGUCUUAGGGCAUUCUGCAUUAUACAUCAUUGUGGUAAUUUUAAUCAUCAAGCCAAAGAAGGAAUUCCUUGACAGUUACAGAUACUUGACAGGAAAAGAGAGUUCUCUGGUCUUCAAGAUAAUUAACAUAUGUGGGCCUAACUCCAUCCCUAUAGUGCUGAGUUGAGGAGACAGCAGGUACUGUUUACCUAUAAAGGAAUGGUAUUAGCUGCUAUGGCCACAAACAGUGUCCAACUUUUCGUUCUCCCUCAGUGUAAUACUGUAACCACAAGGCUAUCUGGUUGCUCCUGAAGCUAAGACCCAUGAUACAAAUGUGUCCAAGUUUGAAGGUACAUUUGUUUCAUCUGACCUAAUUUAGAAGAUUGUCAGUACACAUCUUUGUUUGUCUUGAAAGUGAAGACAUGAUAAAAUCAAUCACUGUCAGACUUUGAAAGCAUGGUUAAGAUCGUGUUUAUGUAUUACAUGUAGUGCCAAUUACUUGUACAAUAGCUAAAAGUUUGUUCCAUUUUGAAAUUGAUCUACAAAACAACUAAAUUAGCCUAGAUGAGAGGUGGUGGGGCCCUUGUUUUUAAUUGAGCCCCUGAUAAUUCCAUUCAUAAAGACAUGAUGCCAAUCAUUGUAAGCAGAACAAGUGAUGCAUCAGGAAAAAUCAUACUUGUCUGAGCCUAAAUACCUGUGUUGGUAACUCUUUGUCUGUAAAAUUAAUAACUAUAUGCCUUAGAAAUUCUAGAUUGUUCAUUGUUCAUUUAUAAACAAUUGUGAUAUUUAUAUAUGUAUGUAUUUCUCACUGUCAUCACUGUGUUAAAUCUUAUGUAUAAUUGAUAUAUUGUUUGUGGGAUUGCCAUUCUGUCAAUGUGUCUGUCUUUUUGUCUGUAAAUUUAAUCAUGCAAAGAAUCAAGAAUGUAUUACCAUGGUUACUGGCAAUACAUACUUGAUAGGAUGUAUGGAAUUGUGAUGCAUGCAGUUGUAAAUCUUAUGGAAGUUUUGUGGGCAACUGGGAGUAUUCAGUGGUAUUGAUUUGGUGUUAUGUUACUAGACUAGUGCAAUUCUGGCUUGUGUCAGAUAGCUAGAUGCCAAGCCAAUAUUCCAUUGAGGAUAAUCCGUCUACCGGUAUUUUCAAAAGCUUUUGUUUUGCUGAACACUGUAUAUAUGCAGUCUAGAAAAUUUGCUGUUAUCCUAAACCUAAUAAGUUUUCAUAUA